GCUGCGGGCCCGCGCGGGGCUCGGCCGCCCGGGCCGGCCUGGAGUCGCCGGCGCCGGGGGACACAGCAGCAUGCGGCGGAGAUUAAUGUGACCGGGUCAGGUGGAUCAACACCCAUCCCAGUGACCCCUUUGCCGGGGAGGUCGCGGAGAGGGGGGAAGCAUGGAGGAGAGUAAGAAUGAGGCGACCAAUCACGCGCAUGUCCUCUUCGACCGGUUUGUGCAGGCCACCACCUGCAAGGGGACCCUUAAGGCCUUCCAAGACCUCUGCGACCACCUGGAGCUGAAGCCUAAAGAUUACCGCUCCUUCUAUCACAAGCUCAAGUCCAAGCUGAACUACUGGAAAGCCAAAGCCCUUUGGGCAAAGUUGGACAAACGGGGCAGCCACAAAGACUACAAAAAGGGGAAAGCAUGCACUAACACCAAGUGUCUCAUCAUCGGAGCUGGCCCCUGUGGUCUCCGCACAGCCAUCGACUUGUCCUUACUGGGAGCCAAGGUGGUUGUCAUCGAGAAGCGAGAUGCCUUCUCCCGAAACAACGUCCUGCAUCUCUGGCCAUUCACCAUUCACGAUCUGCGAGGUCUGGGUGCCAAGAAGUUCUAUGGCAAGUUCUGUGCCGGAGCCAUUGACCAUAUCAGUAUCCGUCAGCUUCAGUUAAUACUUCUGAAAGUAGCCUUGAUCCUCGGCAUUGAAAUCCACGUCAACGUAGAGUUCCAAGGACUUGUCCAGCCGCCUGAGGACCAGGAAAAUGAGCGCAUCGGUUGGCGGGCGCUGGUCCACCCCAAGACCCAUCCUGUGUCGGAAUAUGAAUUUGAAGUGAUCAUUGGCGGGGACGGCCGUAGGAACACCUUGGAAGGAUUUCGUCGCAAAGAAUUUCGUGGCAAGCUGGCCAUUGCCAUCACAGCGAAUUUUAUUAACCGAAAUACCACAGCAGAAGCCAAAGUGGAAGAGAUCAGCGGUGUGGCUUUCAUAUUCAACCAAAAAUUUUUCCAGGAACUAAGGGAAGCCACAGGUAUUGAUUUGGAGAACAUUGUCUACUACAAAGAUGACACACACUAUUUCGUGAUGACGGCCAAAAAGCAGAGUCUGCUGGACAAAGGGGUGAUACUGCAUGACUAUGCCGACACAGAGCUCUUGCUCUCCCGAGAGAACGUAGACCAGGAGGCCCUGCUGGACUACGCCAGGGAGGCCGCCGACUUCUCCACCCAGCAGCAGCUGCCAUCUCUGGAUUUCGCCAUCAAUCACUACGGGCAGCCCGAUGUGGCCAUGUUCGACUUCACGUGCAUGUAUGCCUCCGAGAAUGCGGCCCUGGUGCGGGAGCAGAACGGACACCAGCUCUUGGUGGCUCUGGUCGGGGACAGCCUCCUGGAGCCUUUUUGGCCAAUGGGAACAGGAAUCGCCCGGGGCUUUCUAGCUGCCAUGGAUUCUGCCUGGAUGGUCCGAAGCUGGUCUCUGGGAACAAGCCCUCUGGAAGUCCUGGCAGAGAGGGAAAGCAUUUAUCGGCUGCUGCCUCAGACCACCCCUGAGAAUGUGAGUAAAAACUUCAGCCAGUACAGCAUUGACCCUGUCACCAGAUACCCCAAUAUUAACGUCAACUUCCUCCGGCCAAGCCAGGUGCGCCACUUAUAUGACACUGGAGAAACAAAAGAUAUUCAUCUGGAAAUGGAGACCCUGGCGAAUAACCGAACUACCCCAAAGCUGACUCGCAACGAGUCCGUAGCUCGUUCGAGCAAACUGCUGGGUUGGUGCCAGAGACAGACCGAUGGCUACGCGGGGGUAAAUGUGACCGACCUCACCAUGUCCUGGAAAAGCGGCCUGGCCCUGUGUGCCAUUAUCCAUAGGUAUCGGCCUGAUCUCAUAGAUUUUGAUUCUUUGGAUGACCAAAAUGUGGAGAAGAAUAACCAGCUGGCCUUUGACAUUGCCGAGAAGGAACUGGGCAUCUCGCCCAUCAUGACAGGCAAAGAGAUGGCGUCUGUGGGCCAGCCUGACGCGCUGUCCAUGGUGAUGUACCUGACUCAGUUCUACGAGAUGUUCAAGGACUGUCUGCCCUCCAGCGAUGCCUUGGACCUGAAUGCUGAGGAGAAAGCCGUCCUGAUAGCCAGCACCAAAUCUCCCAUCUCCUUCCUAAGUAAACUGGGGCAGACCAUCUCUCGGAAGCGUUCUCCCAAGGAUAAGAAGGAAAAGGACUUGGAUGGUGCUGGAAAGAGGAGAAAGACCAGUCAAUCAGAAGAGGAGGAUGCACCCCGGACCUGCAGGGGAGGAAGGCCCACACUGGUGAGCACCCUGACCGACCGGAGGAUGGACGCAGCUCUCGGCAACCAGAACAAAGUGAAGUACAUGGCAACCCAGCUGCUGGCCAAAUUUGAAGAGAAUGCCCCUCCUCAGUCCACUGGCAUGCGGAGACAGCCGACACAAGCGCGUGGGUUCAGCCAGCCGUCCUGCUGCCUACCUGGGCAGGGUCGCCCUGCUCCCACCCCCCAGUGGAAACAGGGCUCCAUGAAGAAGGAGUUCCCGCAGAACCUGGGCGGCAGCGACACGUGCUAUUUCUGCCAGAAGCGGGUCUACGUGAUGGAGAGACUGAGCGCCGAGGGCAAGUUCUUCCACCGAAGCUGCUUCAAGUGCGAGUACUGUGCCACCACCCUGCGCCUCUCGGCCUACGCCUACGACAUCGAGGACGGUAAAUUCUACUGCAAACCGCACUACUGUCACCGACUGUCCGGCUCCACACAGAGGAAGAGGCCGGCCGUGGCUGCGCUGUCCGGAAAGGAGGCCAGAGGAGCCCUGCAGGACGGCCCCGCUGCGGACACAAAUGGACGGGCCAGCGCCGUCGCCAGCGCCGCCGAGAGGACUCCAGGUUCCAGCGUGAACGGCCUGGAGGAGCCCAGCAUUGCCAAGCGGCUGAGGGGCACUCCGGAAAGGAUCGAGCUGGAGAACUACCGCCUGUCUGUGAAGCUGGCUGAGGAGCUGGAGGAGGUGCCCGAGGAGACGCAGGCCGAGCACAACCUGAGCAGCGUGCUGGACAAGGGCCCCGAGGAGGACGUGGGCAGCAGCAGCUCCGAGUCCGAGAUGGAGGAGGAGGAGGACGAGGACGAGGACGAGCCUCCACUGCCCACCUCGGACCUGGGCGGCGUGCCCUGGAAGGAGGCCGUGCGGAUCCAUGCUCUCCUGAAAGGGAAGAGCGAAGAGGAGCUCGAGGCCUCCAGGAGCUGCCAGCCCGGGCAGGAGGAGGACGACGAGGAGGACGACGAGGACGAGGAGGAGGAGGAGGAGGAGUCCAGCGAAGAAGGGGAGUAUUGCCCCUGGAACAGAGAACUCCUGCAAGGCCAGUGGCUACCGCUCCUCUCAAAGGAAGAAGACUCGGGUACACGUAAAGCCGGGAGACAGAGGCUCCAGCCCGUCAUAAACCCCGCGGAUCCCUUGGAGAUCCAGGCUGACGUGCACUGGACACACAUUCGCGAGAAAGAGGAGGAGAGAGUGGUACCAACCUCCGAGUCCUCUGCUUCUAGAGCCCCGUUUGAUGAGCACGACCUGGAGGAAGAUGCAGACUCGGAACCUGCAGAGAUAGAAGGGGAGGCAGCAGAGAAUGGGGAUACAGGGGACACUGGUGCUGAGCUGGAUGACGAUCAGCACUGGUCUGACGACCUCCCGUCGGACGCCGAGACCCAGCUCCGCCAGUGGCACCGGGCGGAGGUGGAAGCUGAGCUGGAGCUGAGGGUUUCAGAAAAUGAGGAGGAGCGGCCACUCGCCACCCCAGAGCACCCAGAGAGAGGUCCGUCCCCCGCCUCCAGCCCCAGCCGCUCCCCUGAGGAACAAGCGGUGCUGUUCCCCCCACUCUGUCCCCCCAAGGCGGAGGGAGCCGGACUCCCUCUCACCCCUGUUGCUACCAAGGUGCAGUCACCUGAGGAACGCUUUUUCCCUGAGCUUUUGCUCCCCAAAGAGAAGCCCGAAGCAGAAGCCCCCACAGAUGAGAAAGCCGUGCGCUCUCCGGUCAGAUCUCAGCCUGUGGCUCUCCCCGAGGCCAGAACGCCUGCCUCCCCCAUCACUGCGCCCCACUUGCCACUGCUGCUCCCCUCCACGCCCCCCGCCACCCAGUUCCCCAUCUGCUCCCAGCCGCAGCCCUCCUCCGAGGCCGCCGUCCCAUCCCCCACCCAGUCCCCCAUACGCUUCCAGCCCGUUCCAGCCAAGACGUCCACACCCCUUGUGAAGAGCCAAGGAGACCCCAAGGACAGGCUGGGCAGCCCUCUCGCCGUGGACGAGGCCCUGAAGCGGAACGACCUGGUGGCCGAGUUCUGGAUGAAGAGCGCCGAGAUCCGCCGCAGCCUCGGGCUCACGCCCGUGGAUCGGGGCAAGGGGCCUGAGCCCAGCUUCUCCUCGCCUGCCCUCAAGCCAGGACCCCUAAAACCCUCUGCAGUUGAGAAGUCCCCUCAGGCCGAGGGGCUCAGUCUCCUGAAGCUGCCGUCUGUCCCUAAGAGGCUGGGCCUGCCGAAAUCGGAUGGCGACCUGCCCUCCCUGCCAACCCCCAAGUCCCCGUCCGACCGGGAGCCGAGAAGCUCCCAGGAGGAGCACAGAGACCUGUCCAGCAGCUCCGGGCUGGGCCUUCAGGGCAGCUCCUCCAAUAUGAAGACCUUGGGCAGCCAGAGCUUCAACACCUCGGACUCCACCAUGCUCACCCCACCUUCAAGCCCACCCCCGCCCCCACCCCAGGACGAAGAGCCGGCCACUCUCCGGAGGAAGCCCUGCCCGGCGGAGCCCAGAGACGCAGAGCCCAAGGCCUCGGGGGCCCCGCCCCCGCCGCCGGCCACCUUCACGCGGGCCCCCCGAGAGCCGGCCCAGCCGCCCCGAGAGGAGGUGCGCAAGUCCUUUGUGGAGAGCGUGGACGAGAUCCCCUUUGCCGAUGACGUGGAGGACACGUACGACGAGCAGACGGAGGACUCCAGCCUGCAGGAGCAGUUCUUCACGCCCCCCUCCUGCCGGGCCCGCUCCGAGAAAGCCCUCCGCUCGCCGCUCGCCAAGGAGAACGGUAGGUUGCCUGCUCUGGAGAGCAGGGCCCAGCCUCAGAAGAGGGGGCUGCCCGUCGUCUCCGCAGAGGCCAAGGAGCUGGCUGAAGAGCGCAUGCGAGCCAGGGAGAAAUCCGUCAAGAGCCAGGCGCUGAGAGAUGCCAUGGCCAAGCAGCUGAGCAGGAUGAAGGAGCAGGAGGUGGCGGCCAGCAGCUCCCGCAGCGCCACCCUGGUGCCCUCCAAGGGCAAAGAACUCGGCCCCGCGUCCCCCAGACGCCCAGGCCUCAGAGGCUCUGACGAGUCCACCCUGAAGCACGAAGCCACUAGCGAGGACGUCUUCUCCCCUCCCUCGGACUCGGGGGGCCCAGAUGGCUCCAUCACCUCAUCCGAGGGCUCCAGUGGGAAGAGCAAGAAGAGAUCGUCCCUCUUCUCCCCCCGCAGAAACAAGAAGGAGAAGAAGUCCAAAGGGGAGGCCCGGCCCCCGGAGAAGCCCAGCCUGAGCCUGGACGAAGCGGCCGCCAAGCCCAAGUCCCUGUGGAAGUCGGUCUUCUCGGGGUACAAGAAGGACAAGAAGAAGAAGGGGGAUGACAGGUCCUGCUCCAGCACCCCGUCCAGCGGUGCCACCGUGGACUCCGCCAAACACAGGCUGUCUCCUGUGGUCAGAGCAGAGCUGCAGCUGCGGCGCCACUUGAGUUUCUCGGAGGACUCGGACCUCUCCAGCGACGACAUCCUCGAGCGGUCCUCCCAGAAGUCCAAGCGAGAGCCGAGAACCUACACAGAGGAAGAACUGAACGCCAAGCUGACCCGGCGUGUGCAGAAGGCAGCCCGGAAGCAGGCCAAGCAGGAGGAGCUGAAGCGACUGCACCGAGCCCAGAUUAUCCAACGGCAGCUGGAGCAGGUGGAGGAGAAGCAGAGGCAGCUGGAGGAAAGAGGCGUGGCUGUGGAGAAGGCCCUCCGCGGCGAAGCAGGCAUGGGCAAGAAGGAUGACCCCAAGCUGAUGCAGGAGUGGUUCAAGCUGGUGCAGGAGAAGAACGCCAUGGUGCGCUACGAGUCGGAGCUGAUGAUUUUUGCCCGGGAGCUGGAGCUCGAAGACCGGCAGAGCCGCCUGCAGCAGGAACUCCGGGAGCGGAUGGCAGUGGAAGAUCACCUGAAGACCGAGGAGGAGCUGUCUGAGGAGAAGAAGAUCCUGAAUGAGAUGCUGGAUGUGGUGGAGCAGAGAGACGCCCUCGUGGCCCUCCUGGAGGAGCAGCGGCUCCGGGAGAAGGAGGAGGACAAGGACCUGGAGGCCGUCAUGCUGUCCAAGGGCUUCAGCCUGAACUGGUCCUGAGCUCCUGGCACACCUGGCUGGCUGGCUGGUCUGUGGCGGCUGCCCGCGCCGGGCUGGGUUCUCUCCAACCCCAGAUCCAGGAUCUGAGCAGGCCUGGUGCCUCCUGGCAGUUUGCACGCAAAUGUCCACCUGCCUCUGGAAAGCAAGUCGGGCGUCGCCGCUGCGGGGCCCCCGGCGAAGAUGGUUGUCGGGGGUGGACCGGCCUCCUGGGAGAGCCCCCUGGUGACUGCCCGCUCUGGAGAGAGGAACAUGCAGCGUUUGGCUCUGACGUGAGGAGAGAAAAGCCUGCACGCUCCGAGGGGUGCUGAGGGGCGCCCCCUUCCGCUCGCGAGCGUGAGACGAAGACGGGAGAAAGACGCUGCCCCUCCCUGUCCAAACACAGCUGCCAGCGCCCCACAGAGCGGAAGGGACUGUGGUCUCCAUGCUCCCCUGAAGCACCACCAAAGAAACAAGGAGACGCCGGGAAAGCAAGAUGGGGGGCAGGACUGUGGCGCUGGGGCCUCGCCCGGCCCCGCCCUGCAGGAAGCUGAGGACGCGCUGGGUCCACAUCCAGGACGCAAGUGAGCAGACCCAGGGGGGUCUGCCCACCCCCACGCCGCCCGCCGGACCCCAGUGGCCAGAUGCCCGCCGAGGCCCGGGUCUGCGGACUGCCGAAUGUUGCUUUUCGCAGCCAUUUCGACACUGGAAAGUCCUGACUGGGGGCGGGGCGAGGCCUGCGCUUCCAGCCCCAGCGGACAGGCAGGCGUGGCCCCCGCCCGGGGCCUCUCGAGGCCGAGGCUGUCUCUUCCUUGGCGUUUCCCUGUGUUUGCACACUGAGAUGAAGCCGAAACCUGGCAAGGCGCUCAGCCGCUCCAGACCCUUUUUGUCAAUUAACUUAUUUUUUUAAUACUUGAAAAGAAGCAACUUCAUUUUUUUACCUUUACUACAGACACUGACCCCGGGGUCCCGUGUCGCCUGACCGCGGCAUCCCUGCUCCCGUCCACUGACCGACGCUCGUUACAGCAGUCUAUUUAUUAGUCUCCCCGUGGUGUUGGUUACUGCUGGGCGGCCCCGGGGUGCUGCUGGGCCCGUGCUCCCGCUCUUCCGUCCCCUCGUGUGCUGCGCCCACCCCCUCGUCCCUUCCCGCCCCCCACUCUCCCUCCCGCCCCAGCCCCGGCCUGCACCAGCCACUGUCCAGAUGCCUCUUAACCCUGUGUGGCCGCUCGCCCGCUCUCUCUGCUGGAAUCCUGGCUGAGCACUACCCUUCCUGUUUCUCAGCGUUGGUACCAGGGUUUCACUUCCAUGACGCAUUUAUUAAAGAAAACUUUGGGGUGCGUCCUCUUUCAGACAAGCGAAGACCAUGCUUGGGAUCCGUCUGGCUGACGAGUCUUCCCUCGGCCCGGCCGCAGAUCCGGCCAGAUGGAAACACGCUGGUGCUGGGCCUCGGCUGGCCUCUCACAAGCUGAGCGGCUCCAGCCCGUCUCCCCGAGGGCGGUGGGAACCUCCCCAGCCCCAGAUCAUCGUGGGGAGACAGAGAUUAGCACCAUGUAGCUAGCUCCUUGAAACAAGCUCCUCACUUCUCCCGGUUCAACCGGAGGCCGGCUGCGUCCGCACCACCGUCCGAGAGCGUCGAGGGGAGAGCUCGGCUUGUCCACCACAGCAUCAGCACAGAGUCAUCCCUGGGCCGGGACCACCUGAGCCAGCUGCCUCCGAGGGGGGCCCGUGUGGAGAGAAGGCGCCUGGCAGCCCUCGAGGGCAGGGCAUCCCAGAGUCCGCAGGCCUGGAACCACAGCGUGCCUCACCGUGAACUUUCACUCCCACUACAGAGGAACAAAGAGCCUGUCCGCUUCACUGUCCACCCGCGGCCGUCUCUCCUGUGGAAGUUCGGAGCUGGGCCGCUGGCCGCUGGCCGCCUCACAGCCCGGCGUCUUCACUUCUGCUUUCUCAGGAGGCCGGGCCUCCAUUUCUAUCCUCUGAAAAAGGGAGCGGGGAGGGUGCCCUAGAUUUUAUCUUUAACCCCAACUUUUAAUCUGACUUUCCAUUAAAGCCGGACAGGCUCUUCCUCUCUCUCCUGUGUGGCCUUUUCCCUGACCCUCUCCAGCUGUUAAAUGCCACGGCGGCUGGCCAGGCCCCGGGAGAGCUGCCUCCCUCCUGCUGAAUGCCGACCGAGGCAGGCUUCCGUGAAGCGUGGUCAGGGCUGCGGCCACAGCGCUCCUCGCGGCCAGGAGCUCCGAUACUGCCAUCCGCCCCUCGCUGCGGGCCGCUCCCGGCCGUGCCGGCCAGUCUGUCCGCACCUCUGCAUCCCUCGAAGCACACGCUGCUGCCGCGGUUCCCGGAAAGGCGCUGGAGAUGACAGAGAAGCUUCCAAAAUCCGCCAGCUGCAACAUGUCCCCCAGCUCUCUCCCCCGACAGUGUUACCCCAGGUCUGGCCGAGCACUUUCUUCCCAAGCGCCCAUUGGAGGACCGUCCGCUUGCGGUUUAUUCUAGCGCUCCGGUCACGUGCUGCACGAAUUCUUUUCUAGCUCUGGAGAUGCCUGCAGGCUUUCUCCCAGGGCUACAUCCCCCUGAAGGGCCGGGGGAGGGCAGCGGGUGUCUCUGAAGUGCAGGGUGUGAGGGAGGCCAGAGGUUCUGCGCCCGCCGGAGAGGCCGGGUGGCCGCAGCGCUGCGGGGUGCCAUCUGCAGCUGAACUGACCACCAGCUACCUUUAUCCCUUCCAAACAGAAGGGACAUUUUCCAGAAGGGCAGAAAGGAGAAAUUUUAAGAUUUUAAAGGUGUUAACAGCAGACCUGCAAAGGGGAGGGGCCGUUUUAGGCGCAAUAAAAAGCCUUUUUAAAGAAACAGAGUAUUUCUGAAGUCACGUCUCUGGACUCGGCCGGGUGCCGGGGUGCGGCCCCACGUCCCGCCCCGUGACUCACACGUGUGUGGGUGUCACAGGUUAUUUAAAGAACACAGCUUUUGUCUCAGUUUGUGCUUGUUUUGAACCUCCACGUUAUCCCAGCCCAGCCAUCGACUGCCAUCACCUAAGAAAAUGUCUGAAGCCACCCACUGUGGUGAGAAGCCGCUUUUCACACAGAGCCCUAGAAUCCUCUGGGAGAGAAGCAUCAUCUUGGAAAUCGGGCUUCUCCAAGUCAGCGCGACCCUGCCGCCUGCAGGCCUGCCGGGCUCUGUCCGUGGGCGCGACGGACCGUGGUUUGGGGCUUUGAGGUUUGCAGCCGCCACACCCCCAGCCAUUCGGGGUGUAGGUGUCCCUGAGGACAGCCGGUGCAUAGGGUCUGGCUGACCACCCUCGGGCCUGGAGUCAUCCCCACCGGUUUGCCGAGAAUGACGCUGACCGGUGCCGUCUGCUGUAAGAAGCCUCUGAACUGCCGCUUGGGACCAGGCUGGAGACGCAGCCCAGCUCUGCUCUCGCCGUGCUGGGCCGCCAGGCGUGUGACCGACUCACCCGCCGCGGAGCGAGGCCAGCACCACGGUGCUUUUCUG